AUGAAGUCCAGGGACUUGACUCGAUCUUCAAUUGUUGAAGUCAAAGCGAAAGUAACUCGGGAUCCCAAUCUUUGCAGAUUCGACAAGUUGUUCCUUGAUCAUUACAUCAAAGAAUAUGGAAGUUAUAAUGUUGUUGUCAAGAUUGCGGGAAGUUUGGGAAAUGGAGAAGCUCUAGGAAUUCAAAUGGCUAUCCCGAACCUGAAACAAGACAAGAGUUCUUUGAAGGCCUUACUUCGGAUUUAUAUUUUCAAUAUUUGA